AUGCCCUUCGUCGUAUGUGUCUCUAAAUACCUCUUUUCUUUACCUUUAGCACCAAGCAAGCUGAGGAUCACUCUGCUGGGGAAAACUGAAGCUGGGAAAAGCAGUCUGGGAAACACCAUAUUAGGAAAUGAUGCGUUCCCAGUCUGUCAUUUCACUAGGUCUGAGCCCAAUAUCUGUGAAGUGCGGUCUGGGCUUGUUCACGGAAGAACCCUCACUGUGGUGGACACUCCAGGCUUCUUCUGCCCAGAGAGCUCUGAGCAGGAGCUGAAGCAGGAGAUCCUGAGGUGUACCACAAGGUGCCCUCCUGGGCCCCAUGCCUUUCUGCUCGUAUUCAAACUAGAGAAAUUCACAGAGCAGGAGGAAGAGGUCAUAACAAAGAUAGAGGAGUAUUUCUCGGCAGAGGUUUUCAAGUUCUGUGUCAUUGUUUUUACGCAUGGCGACCAGUUACCUGAAGACACAAGGAUCGAGACAUUCAUCUCCCAAAACACACGCCUGAGCAGUCUGCUGGAGAAGUGCGGUGGACGCUGUCAUGUGGUCGACAACAAAUACUGGAUCCAGAACCAGCAGGAUGAAUACAGGAACAACCAGAAGCAGGUGGAAGGACUGCUCCAAACUAUUGAGGAGGUUGUGAGACAAGCUGGAGGAGGAUGCUACACCAUAGAGAUGCUGAACACCGGGCAGAGAAAACCAAACCCACAAGGGAUCAGAUUAUUUGAUUAUAUAAUCAAAUACACAAGGAGACACCCAAUAAGAGUGUUACUUGGUGUUAUCAUGGUCAUAGCGAUGAUCUUUAAAUACAGACAGAGGUUUUUGACAGAUCGCACAGAAUCAUGAACUAAACAGAAGUUAUUUUCUCCAGAUUCAUUAAAUACUUUCAUUAAGUAAAUACUGAUGAAGAAAUGGAUCAUUUGAAUUUAUGACUGCUUCCCUGCUUAGUCUGGGUCGAUCUGUCUGUUAGCAACUUGUCUCUAAAACAGGGAUAGGCAACUUUAAUGGUUGGGAGGGCCACAGUUUUUCUUCAUCACUGCCAGAGGGUUGCAUCGGAUUGCACACUUCCAUAAAUCAGAUAGGAAAAAGGCUUUUUAGUUCAGAUCAAAAUAUUUAAAUUCAUUAAUUUGGUUUAUUGAACCAACAUAGGACAUCGUAACCUCAAUUAUUUCAUGCUCAAAUGUAUUUCAAAAGGACUGAAGGAAACAAAAAUAAACACAUUCCUGAAUUUUUCUUCAGUGGAAAGACUCUUGUGAAUCAAAACCAUAGUGGCACAAAUUUGUUAAACAGCACUAAAACAUUAACCCUUGUGCUAUCGUAGGCACUUUAACAUUGGGAGUUGGGUCAUCUAGACCCACUAGACAGUGCUCUGAACCUUUUUUCUUCAAUGAUUUG